GGAAAUCAGACUCACUGAGGGUCAGUACGGUGUCCAGGGUGGAAGGCUAAACAGCCUCUUGCAGCUCCUUCCGUUUGGAAGGCAACUCGGCCGAACCGGUGGGGCGGUGCCUUGGGCAGCGCGCAGGGCCGGCCAGGGGGACGUGGACACCCCCGGGGAAAGGGCAGGUCCGCAAGGAAAUCUGGGUGCCUGGGCAGCUUCCUAGGAAGGCUCUUGAGAAUCUGAGGAGGAGAUGGACCUGGCGAAUACUUCAAGUCAAGAGGGCGAGCCCAAAGGAGGUGUUCUAGCUCACUUGGAAAGACUAGAAGCUAGGUCCCGUAAAAAAUUCGAAGAGCCACAGGGCACACCGGCAGCGGAAAGUGCUCUGAGGAGCAAGAUCCUGCAGCUGAGACGCCUGCGAGACCAGCUGAGGGCUGCAGUGGAGCGGCAUGGGGCCAGAGUGGAAGCCAGUGCAGAACCGGACCAGGCACUGCAGGACAGCGAGCAGGCUUUGGAGAGAAAGCGGGAGGACGUGAAAGCCAUUCUGCAAGCAUACCGUUUUACAGGGCUCAGCGGGAAGCUGACGAGCCGGGGCGUCUGUGUGUGCAUCCAGACUGCUUUCCAGGGGAACCUGCUGGAUUCCUACUUCGUGGACCUCGUCAUACAGAAACCGCUUCGGAUACAUCACCAUUCCGUCCCGGUCUUCAUUCCCCUGGAGGAGAUAGCCGCCAAGUCCUUGCAGACUGACCUUCGGCACUUCCUGUUCAGUCUCUGCGAACACCUGAACGCUUACGCGGGGAGGAAGUACCAGGCAGAUCGACUGCAGAGUGACUUUGCAGCCUUCCUGGCGGGGCCCUUGCAGAGAAACGCUCUGUGCAAUCUGCUGUCGUUCACUUACAAAGCGGAGCCGGGGGGCCAGGCCUUCCCAUUCUGUGCCAGGCUGCUCUACAAGGACCUCACGGUAACCCUCCCAACGGACGUCAGCGUUACGUAUGAAGGGACAGACACGCCGUCCCCCUCGUGGGAGGAGCAGCGGGCCAGCCACGAGCACCUGCUCCGCACGAAGCCGCUGCAUCACGUGUUUGCCGCGUUUGCACGGGGAGAAGAAAGGCUGGAGCUGAGGCUGGCCUACUAGGGUGUCGCACUGAGAACACGUUGGAGGUGAGCGAACCACCACCGCACACAGCCCCGGGCGGGAUCACGGGACUGAAAACUGUCGGGGGGCUGACUCCUUGCCCAGGGACGUCCUCUCGAGGAACACAGACAGCCCCCUCACCGGGACGAUGGAGGGGCAUGUCUGGGGCCACAGACAUGGGCAUUUGACUGGUCUCCCUGCUGGCCGCU